UAAGAGAGAGAGAGAGAGACAGAGAGGGAGAGCGAGAGAGAGGAUUAGUGGACACCUUUGCUCAGGCUCUCAGACCCACUCGCAGCCAUGGCCGAGAGUUCAGAUAAAGUGCCCAUCGCUUUAGCGGGACCCGAGGACCUGCAACAGUUUAUGCCACCUGCAUACACUGCGGUGGCAGUUAAACCGGUGGCCACCGGCCGCCUGCUGAAGUCCGGGAUUGUGGUUUUGAUCGCCGGGGCAAUACUGCUGCUGUUCGGGGCUAUCGGAGCGUUUUACUUCUGGAAUAUUAACGACAAACAUGUCUACAACGUCCACUACAGCAUGAGUAUUAAUGGUAAGGUGGAGGAGGGCUCCAUGGAGAUUGAUGCUACCAACAACAUGGAGAGGUUCCGUACUGGGAGUGGAAAUGAGGAGGCAGUGGAGGUCCACGACUUCCAGAUUGGUUUAACUGGUAUCCGUUUUGCUGGAGGAGAGAAGUGUUACAUUAAGACCCAGGUCAAAGCUCAUCUGCCUGACGUGGAAACACUCAACAAAGACUCUCUUCUAUUCGACCUGGAGGAUGAGGUGAUGCCUGCUAAGUUUGAGGAGGACUCUCUGAUCUGGGUGGCGGCUGACAUGCCCCUCUCCGACCCAACCUUCCUCAGCUCCAAAAUCCGCGAUUUGUGUGGAAGCCUGCCAAUCUUCUGGCUCCGCCCUACCUACCCCAACGGUGGGCAGAGGAAGAGGAGGGCAGCCCCUCGGCAGCGCCGCCAGGCACCGGGGGCAGAGGAGGAAGUGGACCCGGAAGCAGAAUUUAACCCUGAGAACCCCUAUCAUCGUGGUCUGGAGGGCGAGGAGGGCACAAUGACCUUUGACCCCAUGCUGGACCACCAGGGCGUGUGCUGUACGGAGUGCCGGAGGAGCCACACCCAGUGCCAGAGGAUCUGUGAGCCCCUGGGCGGGUUCCAACCCUGGCCCUACCACUACCGCGGGUGCAGGGUGGCCUGCAGAGUCAUCAUGCCCUGCCGCUGGUGGGUGGGUCGCAUCCUGGGCAUCCUCUAAACACCCCCUGCCUCGACCUGGAGUGGUAGAAUCCAGAGAAAGACAGGUGGUGGAGGGAGAGAGAGAGAGAGAGGGGAAAGAAAAACAGAGGGGGAGGGGGGGGGAGAUAGGUCAACCAAAUUGAGUACUUAGCUUGGCUAGGUAUAGUGCAGUUCACUUACGAUUUGGGCAAGGGAGGAAGAGCGAGACAAAGAUUAUUAUUAUUUUUUUAAAGGGGAGUGAGCAAACAAUCAAUCAAGGAUAUUCAGUUUUCAACCAUAACAGAGAAAUAGAUGUAUGCUGUAAGACAUACGGUAGGUAGGCUACAAUACCAUACGUUGUAUAUCAUUAUUCAUACCAUACUCUUUAAGAGUACUUGCAUACUACAUACCCUGUGGUGACAUCAACCUGUCUGAUCUUGUCACCUGAAACCAAACAUUAAAAGACUAUAUAUUUUCUGUCGUUCUCUCAUUAGUGACUGACACGACGGUUAGUGAUGUGUAAACUUA